GUUAAUGUUUGAUCACCACUGUAAAAUGACAUCAUCCUACCUCUGACCAGAUUUGGAGAUAAAUUAAACCUAUUAUAAGCAGGUAGAUGAGCUGACUGAGUACAUUCUGUCUUCCUCUCUCAAGGAGCUGAGAAGUUUUCAAGAUGGCGUUCAAUGGCAAAUACGAGCUUGUGUCACAAGAGAACUUUGAAGCUUUCAUGAAAGCAAUUGGUAAGUAAUGCUGCUAUUCCUAAAGCUUGAGGCGUAUUCUACAAACAAGGAGAGAUAAGUAAGACUUUUCACUCAGAUCAAUCAAUACUUGGGUGGAGAAGCUAAAACCUGGUUUCCUUGCUUUGUAACUUCUGUUUAACGUUUCAUAAAAGUGCCAUCCUACUCGUCAAGGCUGUCUCUGUAAGAUGUGGCUGCAGCACAAAAACGUGACAAUUAGAAAUAUAUUCUCUACCCAGUGGAGUUUAAUGUAUUUUGUUUCUGAUAUUGGAGAAGGAAUCAGAACAAUGAAUGUAUAAUGUCCCUUAUGUAAAGGAUUGCUAUAUAAUUUUUUUUUUUAAUCCUUACAAAAGUAAAUCCUAGCCUAAACACUGCUUUUUAUUUAACUAGCUGUUUUUUUGGGGUUUUUAUUUCCUUCACCCCCCCCAGGGUGAUCUUAAUGAUCAAGGAAUUUAUCAAUUUGGGGGGGGGGAGAAACAGGCUUACACACUAAAUCUUUGUGCAUGGAUUGUGAAAGCUUGUGAAGUUGCCCAAUCUCUUGUCUAGCAUUUUGUUUAUUAGUUGUUUAAAUUGAGUAAACUAUGUAUCUGAUUUCAAGGUCUGCCUGAUGACUUGAUAGAGAAGGGGAAAGACAUUAAGAGUGUCACUGAGAUGGUGCAGGAUGGAAACCACUUUAUUGUCACAGUGACCACAGGCUCCAAGGUUCUACGUAACGAGUUUACUGUGGGCCAGGAGGCUGAGCUGGAAACCCUUUCAGGAGAGAAGGUCAAGGUAUGAUGCGCUUAAUGUUUUUCCAAAGCACUGAUACACUAAAAUUGUGUAGAUCCGAACAUGCAAUGUUUACACAGCCUAACAAGCUUAUUAAAGUUACAAAGCACCAAUAUGUUCCACACCAUUGAACAGAAUCCUUUUUUACAUAUUAUAUGCGAACCCCAUCAUAAAUAAUGGAUUAACAUGUGUUGCAGAAUGUUCAGUUUUGACAGUGAAUGGAGCUGAUAUUCUUAUUCUGUCUUGCAGUCUAUCGUUAAUCUGGAAGGGAACAAGUUGACUGUGAACCUUAAAGGAAUUAAUUCCGUCACUGAACUUGUUGGAGAUACAAUCACCAACGUAAGAUUACUAUUUAAUUUUUUUUCUUUUCUAUUCAGGGUAUGAACAAAGAAAAUUAAAACUAAGUGAGAGUAAAAUAUUGGUCUUCUUGGCCGUUCAGGUUCUAGACUUUUAUUUUUAUUUCAUCAGCCCUUGCCUUGUGACAGGUUAUCAGAGCCUGUUGUGGAGAUAUCAAAAUGUAUCUCUAUCUCUUUAGGGUUCUGCCCCUGACCAAUACCCUGAGUUUACCAUUAUAAACUGGACAUUAUUGAUCCGGAGUCUGGCUAGAGCAAGUCCACAUCAGUGUUGAUAUAUUUCAAUUUAGUUUUAGUUUUUUUUUGACUAAAGCUGUUUUUAGUCAACUAAAUCUCCAGUAGAUUUUAAUCCACACAACUAAUAUCUAAUGGGGUUUAGUUAAAGCCUAUCUCUUUUGCCCCUCUGUUUAUCUCUUCCCCCCCACCCCCCAGCUCCUCUAUGCUGCUUUGUCAUCUCAUCUUCCCCACAUGUCAUUCCUCUCUUCACUCCCCAAUGUCUUACCCGCCAGUGUUAAUGUAGGAGGCAAAUUACAAUUUUUAGCUUUAGUCAGUCUUAUGACUAAAAAGCCAUUUUAGUUUGUCGGGAGGAAAUUUAUAACUAGAUAUUCUUAAUUGUGGAUAAGAAGACUAACAUUAGCUGAAAUUAAACUUUGUGAAGAGGUUAAGCUUUGAUUGGGACACAAUCCUAAUAACUGCACUGGAAUCUAAUCACAGGGAUAUGAUCUAUGUUGCGUGGACAUACAAGCCAUUAAAGUCUAAGGGGUUUACAAUGGGUGGAUGAACAGACAUGUAUACUUAUAACCAGACAAGUAUAUAUUACUAAUUGCAAAUGUUUCAGUAUAAAGUCCCUAGUUCACGAACCUAGUCGUGACAUGUGAUAGACCCGACCUACUACAGCACAAAUUCAUCCCACUUUUGUCCAUAUAGUGCUGUUUUUGUUUUGGAUUUUUAAUAAUUUUUUUAAUAAUUAUUUAAGUACUUAUGAGUUUGUAGAUGUAGCGUUAUUGAUUUGUGUGGGUUUUCUUUUUCAGGUGAUGACUGUGAAAGACAUUGUCUACAAGAGGACCAGUAAGAGAAUUUAAGAGAUGAAGUUAUUGUUACUUUUACUAUGUAAAAAAAAUAAAUAACUGGCAAAACAAA